AUUGAGAAUAAUAAUGUUUGGGAAUUAUCUAAUGAGAAGGUCCUUAGUCUGGACUCCUUUCAGAAUGUUCGCUCAUCGGCCUGCUCAGAUCCCUUUUAAGGACUGGAAGAUCGUCUCCCACGAUAUUGUCCAGGUCAUCAGCGGUAAGAGUAAAGGCAAACAAGGAAAAGUACUGAAGGUAUUCCGAAAGACCAACCAGGUUCUUGUAGAAGGGGUUAAUUACAAGUUUAAGAAAGUUGAGGAUGACGAGUUUGUCACAAGAAUGAAGACAGUCCAACAGGAGUACCCUAUCCAUGUCUCUAAUGUCGCUUUGAUCGAUCCAGAGACCGGUAAACCAACUAGAGUAAAAUAUGUCCGUACUUUGGAAGGGAAGAGGGUCAGGAUUGCUAAAUCAGGUGCGAUGAUCCCCAAACCUGAGCGUGAAGAACUUAAAUAUGUCAAUAGAACAAAGUCUGAGAUAGGACCUCUGGACACCAUGCCAGAAGACGUCAUUGAGAAGACUUAUAAAGGUGAGGAUUUUGUCAAGAUCAAGAAAGAAUUUGAAGAAUUUUUGAGAAUUAAAGCAGAAAAGGAGAGAAACCUUGUUUUUGGCAAGUAGAUUUGUGGACAUGAUUAUUCCUUGGGGGAUUUCAAUAAAAUUUU